AUGGUGAAUCAGAAUCACUGUCAUUAUUGUGUUUUUAAAGUCGACAUCGUUGAUCAUCCUUCUUUUCUGAAGGUCGACCCUCGUCGUGGCAUGUGGCCUGCUGGGAUUUGGCUAGCUCCAGGGCCAACUCCUGGUGCAGUAUGCCCGGUGGAUAUUGCCACGGCAAAUGAGGAGGUAAAUGCAAGCCAGACCGCAAUAACACAGCUAGGCGAUGACGGCGACGUGGAACUUGUGCGCCCCACCGAAGAACCUUCGGUUAAUACAAUACCACAGCCCGACGAUGCAAUAACGGAGUUAGGUAUCACUGACCAACCUGCUCCGUCCGAUACCGCAUCACCAAGGGGGAAAGAAGUGGAACCGCUUAGCACAGAGCCUGCAACCGGCAUAAUAUUGCAACCCGGUGAUUCGCCUAUGGGCUUAGGCAUUACGGAUCAACUUGCUGAGUCCGGCGCAGAAUCGCCGAGGGGGGUUGAAGUGGAACCGCUCAGCACAGAACUUGAAGCCGAACAGCCUAACAACCAUGAUCCCGUCAAUCUUCAAGCCUCUCAGGACCCCUCAGACUGUGUCGCAUACUCCAAGCAUAUUGUGCACCUAUAUACGUAUCAUGGUGGUGAAGAUAUACGGAAUCACUUGGAGAUUGAUGCUCAUACUGGUAAUGUUAGCGAUCUUGCUUUCUGUCACCCAAACAAACAACUAUGCGUUAUAACUUGUGGGGAGGACAAGACUAUUAAGGUCUGGGAUGUUUCCACUGGUUCUAAGCAGUACACUUUCGAGGGUCAUCAGUUACCUGUUUAUUCUGUGUGCCCACAUACUAAGGAAAACAUUCAGGUAUCCUUUUUUUCAUCUUUUAUUGAUGGGAAGAUUAAGGCAUGGUUGUAUGAUAAUUUGGGUUCAAGAGCUGAUUAUGAUGCCCCAGGACAUUCUUGCACAACAAUGGCUUACAGUGCUGAUGGGACAAGGUUGUUCUCAUGUGGGACUAGCAAGGAAGGAGAAUCAUACAUUGUAGAAUGGAAUGAAAGUGAAGGAGCUGUCAAGCGGACAUAUCAUGGUCUUCGGAAGCGGUCCGUUGGGGUUAUGCAAUUUGAUACAACAAAAGACAGAUUUCUGGCUGCUGGUGAUGAGUUUGUAAUCAGAUUUUGGGACAUGGAUAUUGUUAACCUCUUGACAACUACUGAUGCAGAGGGUGGAUUACCGGCUUCGCCUUGCAUUCGGUUUAAUAAGGAAGGAACACUGUUGGCUAUCUCAACAAGUGAGAAUGGUGUCAAGAUUCUUGCAAAUUCUGACGGUGUUAGGCUUCUGCAUUCCAUUGAAAGUCGUGCACUUGAUGCUUCUAGAAUGGCUUCUGAGAGUGCUGCAAAAGCCCCCAUAAUUGGUACAUUUUGUGCUUCCAGUUCAGUUGCUGGAACAAAUGUUGGUGUUGCAGAUAGAAAUGCUCCAGCGAUCCCUAUGAUUACACUGAAGUCUCCCUACCAUGGAAUCAGCCCUUGCAAACCCACAUGAAGAUAU